AUGGCCUCCCCACAACCUUUACGUUAUGUAUUGUUCACUGCAUCCUUUCUCAUGUUUCUCUCUUCUCCUACACCUGCAAAUGCAACAGCUUCUCCAUUAGUUAGAAGUGUUUGUAAGGAACCCCUAUCCAUGAACUUAAACUAUGGCGAAUGUGUGAAAGCUCUCUGGGCAGAUGCUCGAAUUAAAUCGGCCUUGAAUCUCAAAGAUCUCGGCAUAGCCACUCUUGAAUUGGCAAAAGAAAAUGCAAAUGUAACCCUGGCUUCGUUUAACAACCUUCUCCACAUUAGCAACAGUGGGAACACAGAUGUUCAACUUUGCGGGGAUUUGUACGGAUUAGUGGUAAAAGGUUUCCAAGUCGCAAUAGAGGAGCUAAAGAAGGAUCAUGAUGUUGUUAACUACAUCCUCGAAAUGGUCCAAAAGUACCACGAUAUCUGCUUAAAUGCGGUGGCGCCACCGUUGGGUACUCAUACUUUUGAUGGAGUUCUGGUUCCCAGUUCAAUUCGUGUGGCCAUGUUGUAUAGGGACAUUGCAUUCGCUAUCACUUCGGGUCCAUCUGGAAUUUUCCGGUACAACGGAAAACUUAAUUAA